UAUAAUAUUAAAAAUAAAAUAAAAGUCUAAGUGAGUAUUCCUCUGGCAGUAACUUGAGCUGCGUGCUCUUCAUUAAUCUGACAGUCGCGUCCCUCAGAUAGGCUCAUGUUACACAUUAAAAUGAAGGAUGACAUGAUACAUGGUAUGGAAACGGUAUAAAUACGCAGUUUUAACAUUGUCGUUUAUUUCGUCAGUGUUCAACUGAACUAAAUUACUUGAAUUUUCUUCACAAAACUGGCGUCUGUCCAUUGACAAUAAAGCAGGCGGAAAUUCCUUUACGCUACUAAUCAGAGCCGGAUGUGACGACACGCGGACUGUGAUAAAGGCCUAUUAUUGUGCCCUCAACAGCAGGGGCGUUUUUACCGCAAAUGCCAUACUUUCACAUAUUCUUCAUAAAAAAAUGGAUCCCCUGUAAAGCCCAAUUUAUUCUUCUGCAUCGAGUGUUGCAAGGCAUACCCUGAUGCACACCUCCCCAAAAAUGCAGAAGUAUAAAUUGGCCUUAACACUGCACACAACAGGCAGUCAAGCCAGCUGCAUAACAACAACACAGUGGUUCAACAGGAAAAAAAAAAAAAAACUAGUUCAACAGUAAGUCACAAGAUGGACAGAGCUCCCCCUUCAGACACUGCAGACCCUGCACUCAGAUUCUGCUCUUUGGUUCCACUCACAGUCAUAGUUGGAAAUCACUCUGGCCUGAUCCAAUCCUGUGAAAGAGAGAGAAAGGAAGAACACAAGGCAACCAAAGCAACACAUGUACUCCCUACAACAGUAACUCUCAGGAUCAUGAACACCUCCAAAAAACACAUUCACUCCAACUGGUUUAAAGUCAUUGCAAAGAUCAAUGACAGAUUCCUGAAACUGAAGACAUGUUUCCUUUGGAAAGCCAUCCCACCUGAUACCAUGCAUGGAGGGGUACAGCCCAAGCCAAACCCUGCUCCAUACACCAUCCAUCCAAGCAGCACAACUUUUCAGACUGGCAAACCCAUCACAGUUGUAAUCAAAGGUCCAGACUAUAGGGGCGUGCUCCUUGAGGCUCGCUCUGGAUCCGACUCAAAAGCAAUAGGAACUUGGCAGACACCUCCAACUAACACAAAGUUCUUAGAGUGUUCAGGAAACCAGCAAGGUGCAAUCACUCAUGCCAACACCAACAUAAAAAACAACUCCACCGUCUAUACCUGGAUUCCACCAGCUACAGCCCAAAAUGUCUUCUUCAAGGCCACUGUAGCCCAGCAGCGCAUUGUGUUCUGGGUAGACGUGAUUUCUUCAACUUUGACUUCCAGUGGAGGAACAUUACUUGAUGUUGUACACGAUAGUGCUGAAAGGAUUGUCACACCUGCCCUGUUACUUCUUGUUGUCCUGCUGGCAAUUGUUCAAAACCUAGUUGCUUAAGAAUGAUCAAGACUGAUUAAAUUAGCUCAGUUACUCCGUAUAAAAUAUUUAACCAGUAUUAUACAUUUAGACACAUAUUUUUAUUUGCCUGACUAAAUAAAAUAAAAAUAAAUAAUGUAAUGAACAAAAAUGUUUUAUUGUGUUUUGGGUUUAUAUUAAUGACCAGAUGAAUUUACAUUAUCCCAUGCACAUAAAUCAAUAUCUUGUCACUCUGGUGAAAAAUCAGGAACAUUAUCCUGCUGAUUACACAGCAAUUUACCAAAUAAGUAAAUGGACAUGCACUAGUUAUUUGAAUUAAAACAACUUUAUUUUAAGAAAGAGACUGCAGAAAGCACAAAUCAACUAGAAUUUUUUUGUAUGAAAUCCAUUGUCUGACCAAUGGAAGAUGAAAGGAGUGUUUGGGAGACAGGCACUAUUUUUGUACUACUACUGCUAAUAAUAAUAAUAUUAAUAAUAAUAAUAAUAAUAAACUGAUAGUUCAAAUAUGCCUUAGAGAUUUAGGUAUCAUGUUUGAUAUUUAAAGGUCAGUUAUGGAACAUCCUUAUUAAAGACACAGAAAAGUUAAUUCAUAACUUCAACUUUUAGACAGAUGACCCACUAUAAGCUGCGGCUUGUUUAAAACCCAGGAACCAGAGUGCCAAUCAUAAAAUUUCUCUUAAAGCUGCUUUGGAAUAAUGUGGAUUGUAAAAAGCAUGACAAAUUUCAUUGAAAAAUUGCUUACAACAAAGUAUAAUGUCUACUGUUUAUUUCAAAGCAUGUGAAACCUCUCAAACAGUAAUAUGCUGCAUUAUUUCUACAUCAGUAUGUUGCAUGUUUAAUUCAGAAAGUUGUCUCAAAAGUAUUAGUACCAACCUUUAAUCAGAGUUAACGGCUUUCUUCCCUUUUGACAAAACACAAAGAACAGUCAAAUAAUAAACAAGAAUUUGAAUAAAACACUCUUGUGUGUCCAGAGGUGACAGCUCAGAAUAUGAAAAGCAAUGAUAUGUUUGAUACAAACCAGUAAUAAAAC